AUGAGCGAGGAAAGUAAUCCCCGUACACUCUACGUGGGUAAUCUUGACCCAUCCGUAUCUGAGGAUCUGUUAUGCACAUUAUUUUCUCAAAUUGGCCCGAUAAAGGGCUGUAAAAUAAUACGUGAACCUGGCAAUGAUCCUUAUGCAUUUGUUGAAUUUACAAAUCAUCAGUGUGCGGCUACGGCGCUGGCCGCCAUGAAUAAGAGACUCUUCCUCGAUAAGGAGAUGAAGGUUAACUGGGCUACGAGUCCAGGUAAUCAACCCAAGCUUGAUACUAGUAAUCAUCAUCAUAUAUUUGUUGGUGAUUUGUCUCCUGAAAUCGAAACUCAGACACUUAAAGAGGCAUUCGCGCCCUUUGGUGAAAUAAGCAACUGUAGAAUUGUACGUGAUCCACAAACCCUUAAGAGUAAAGGAUAUGCGUUUGUGUCAUUUGUUAAAAAAUCGGAAGCUGAAGCUGCGAUAACUGCUAUGAAUGGACAAUGGUUGGGAUCACGGAGCAUUAGGACAAAUUGGUCCACUAGAAAACCACCGCCACCAAGAUCCGAGAGGCCAAGGCACACAAAUAAUAGUAAACCUAAUUAUGAAGAGGUAUAUGCUCAGAGUAGUCCAACAAACUGCACAGUUUACUGUGGUGGAUUUACAAAUGGCAUAACUGAAGACCUGAUUAACAAGACCUUCUCUCCAUUUGGUACUAUUAAUGAUAUUAGAGUUUUCAAGGACAAAGGCUAUGCUUUUAUUAAAUUUACGACGAAGGAAGCAGCAACACAUGCUAUUGAGGCUACGCAUAAUACAGAAAUCAAUGGAAGUGUUGUCAAAUGUUUUUGGGGAAAAGAAAAUGGGGAUCCUAACAGCGUUGGACCAAAUGCUAAUCAGCAAGCUCAACAGGUAACUGCCGGAGCUGGACAAUAUCCUUACGGUUAUGGCCAACAAAUGAGUUAUUGGUAUCCUCAAGGGUAUCCUCAGAUGCAAGGACAAUUCUUACAGCCAGCUCAAUACUACAGUCAGUACUAUAGUCAGCAGCAAGCUCAGCAGUACAUGAAUAGUAUGAGAAUGCCAGCACCUGCAGCUGGUACGUGGCAACCAGGACAAGCUACUGCCGCACCACCAUCAGGAACAGCUGGACUUCAGCCUGGACAGCAAACUGUGGUUUAUACAAUGCCGCAGUAUCCUACACAAUGA